AUGUUUUCCAGGGCCAAGUCUGGAUUUCUUCUCACGUUUGAACUUGUUUUGUUUCUUCUGGUGCUCUCCGGGUGUCCCGAAGCCACCUGCCAGGCUCGGACUAAAGGGAGAUGGAACAAGGGAGGAUCCCGUCUGCGCCAGGAGGACUCACCACCUCGGAUCGUCGAGCACCCCUCUGAUCUGAUCGUGUCCAAGGGUGAGCCGGCCACCCUCAACUGCAAAGCGGAGGGCCGGCCCACGCCCACAGUGGAGUGGUACAAGGAUGGUGAACGGGUGGAGACGGACAAGGACGACCCGCGCUCGCACCGCAUGCUGCUGCCUAGCGGCUCGCUCUUCUUUCUGCGUAUCGUGCACGGGCGGCGGAGCAAACCCGAUGAGGGCGCCUAUGUGUGUGUGGCCCGCAACUACCUGGGCGAGGCCAUCAGUCGCAACGCCUCCUUGGAAGUAGCAUUGCUGCGAGACGACUUCCGGCAGAACCCGACCGACGUGGUGGUGGCAGCGGGCGAGCCGGCCAUCCUGGAAUGCAUUCCUCCAAGAGGUCACCCCGAACCCACCAUCUACUGGAAGAAGGACAAAGUGCGUAUUGAGGAUAAGGAUGACAGAGUCACGAUCCGUGGAGGGAAGCUGAUGAUCUCAAACACAAGGAAAAGCGAUGCCGGCAUGUACAUAUGUGUGGGCACCAAUAUGGUGGGAGAGCGCGACAGCGAGACAGCACAAGUUACCGUGUUUGAGCGACCGACAUUCCUCCGCCGCCCCAUCAACCAAGUAGUGCUUGAAGAUGAGAUGGUAGAGUUCCGCUGCCAGGUGCAGGGAGACCCCCAGCCUAACGUGCGCUGGAGGAGGGACGAUGUCGAUGUUCCUCGUGGGAGGUAUGAAAUCAAAUACGACAAGGACGACUACGUGCUGAGGGUGAAGAAGGCAUCAGUCAGCGACGAGGGCACCUUCAGCUGUGUGGCAGAGAACCGCGUCGGCAAGCUGGAGGCUUCUGCCACUCUUACCGUACGAGACCUUCCUGUUUCUGCCCCGCAGUUUGUUAUCCGUCCGAGAGACCAGAUUGUGGCGCAAGGACGUACUGCCACUUUUCCCUGCGAGACCAAAGGAAACCCUCAGCCUGCAGUAUUCUGGCAAAAGGAAGGAAGUCAAAAUUUGUUAUUUCCAAACCAGCCCCAGCAGCCCAACAGCCGCUUUUCCGUGUCAACGGGUGGCGCCCUCACCAUCACGUCGGUGCAGCGGGGUGACGCCGGGUACUACAUAUGCCAGGCAUUGACGGUCGCAGGUAGCAUCCUGGCCAAGGCACAGCUAGAAGUCACAGAUGUCUUGUCAGACAGACCGCCGCCCAUCAUCCGCCAAGGCCCCUCCAACCAGACUUUGAGUGUGGACAGUGUCGCCCUUCUCAAGUGCCAGGCGUCGGGCGACCCCAUCCCCUCAGUCAGCUGGCUCAAGGAUGGCGUCAGCUUGCUGGGGAAGGACCCCCGUAUGUCCCUGCAGGAAUUGGGCAGUCUGCAGAUUACCAACAUUAAGCUCUCUGACUCUGGGAUCUACACAUGCGUGGCCACAAGCUCCAGCGGAGAGACGUCGUGGAGUGCCUUCCUCGAAGUUAAAGAGGCUGGCGGCAUAGCUCUUACAAAGAACCACAAUGACGACGAGCUCCCAGGACCGCCUUCCAAACCUCAGGUUACCGAUGUCACCAAGAACAGCGUUUCUCUAUCCUGGCAAGCCGGGCUGGUUGGCGCGUCGCCCGUCAGUUCCUUUGUCAUCGAAGCCUUCAGCCAGUCAGUGAGCAACAGCUGGCAAACAGUCGCAGAUCACGUGAAGACCACCCAGUUCACCGUCAAGGGUCUACGCCCCAACACUAUCUACCUGUUCAUGGUCCGAGCGGUCAACAGCCAGGGCGUGAGCGAUCCGAGUCCCAUGUCGGAGCCCGUCAGAACACAAGACAUCAGUCCUCCGGCUCAAGGUGUGGACCACCGACACGUUCAGAAAGAGCUCGGCGAGGUCAUCGUUCGCUUGCACAACCCCGUGGUCUUGAGUCCCACGGCUAUCCAAGUCACAUGGACGGUGGAUCGCCAAUCCCAAUUCAUCCAGGGUUAUCGAGUCCUGUACAGGCAGACGUCUGGGCUGCCAUCGCCAGGACACUGGCAGACGCAGGAUGUCAAGGUCCCGUCGGAGCGCGGCGUGGUCCUGUCAUCUUUGAAGAAAGGCAUCGUGUAUGAGAUCAAGGCCCGACCUUACUUCAACGAGUUCCAAGGCAUGGACAGUGAAUCCAAGACUGCGCGGACCACCGAGGAAGCCCCCAGUGCUCCACCUCAGCAGGUGACAGUUCUCACCGUUGGAAACCAGAACAGCACGUCUAUCAGUAUCUCCUGGGACCCCCCUCCGCCAGACCAUCAGAAUGGUAUCAUCCAAGAAUACAAGAUUUGGUGCCUUGGGAACGAAACACGUUUCCACGUCAACAAGACGGUGGACGCAGCUAUUCGCUCGGUGGUAGUUGGCGGGCUGCAAGUGGGUGUGGUUUACCGGGUGGAAGUGGCUGCCAGCACAACCGCAGGGGUGGGAGUCAAGAGUGAACCCCAGUCUAUUGUCAUUGGCAAGGCUUUCCAGGACGUGAUCAUCCACGGGAACCGCAACAAUAGCAUCACAGAGCAGAUCACUGACGUGGUGAAGCAGCCGGCCUUCAUUGCCGGUAUCGGGGGCGCCUGCUGGGUCAUCCUCAUGGGCUUCAGUAUCUGGCUGUACUGGCGGAGGAAGAAGAGGAAGGGUCUGAGCAACUAUGCAGUUCAGUCCUUCACCUUCACCCCUGCAGUUACAUUCCAGAGAGUCGACGGUGGUCUAAUGAGCAACGGGAGUCGACCAGGCUUACUCAAUCCCAGCGACCCAGGUUACCCCUGGUUGGCUGACUCCUGGCCCGCCACCAGCUUGCCUGUCAACAGCAGCUCCGGAGGACCUAAUGACCUCACCAACUUUGGCCGAGGAGAUAUCACAAGCAACCAAGGUGACAAAACAGGCACCAUGCUUUCAGACGGAGCCAUCUACAGCAGCAUCGAUUUCACUACCAAAGGCAACUACAGCAGCCCGGGCCAAGCGUCACAGGCCACCCCUUACGCCACUACUCAAAUCCUUCACACGAGCAGCAUCCACGAGCUGGCCGUGGAUCUUCCUGAGGCUCAAUGGAAGGCCUCGCUCCAGGCUAAGCAGGAGAUGGCCAACUUGGGCUACUCGCUACCCGACAAGAACACCUGCAACAACACCCUUCUUUUCAUUCCCGACUACCGACUGACCGACGGGCUGUCUAAUCGAAUUCCACACAACCAAUCGCAAGAUUUCAGCACCACCAGCUCUCACAACAGCUCAGAGCGAAGCGGCAGUCUCUCAGGUGGCAAGGGAGGAAAGAAGAAGAAGACAAAGGCCGGUUCUAAGCCCCCGAAAGUCAACGGUUCCAAUUGGGCCAAUGUCCCCUUACCCCCUCCCCCCAUUCACCCGCUUCCUGGCACAGACAUGGACCACUAUCCCAAUGAGCACCACGACGGGUAUGAGAGCGACGGUUGGGGUCCGCCGAUGCCGGUGCAGACGUACCUCCAUCAGGGCUUGGAGGAUGAGCUGGAAGAAGAGGAGGAGCGUGUGCCCACCCCGCCCGUCCGGGGGGUGGCGUCUUCCCCAGCCGCCGUCUCCUUCGGACAGCAGUCCACGGCUACCCUCACCCCGUCGCCACGGGACGAGAUGCAGCCCAUGCUCCAGGCACAUCUGGACGAGCUGACCCGAGCCUACCAAAUGGACAUGGCCAAGCAAACAUGGCACAUUCAAGGGGGGGCCCUUCCGCCCCAGGCUCCGGCCCCUCCGGUGGGCUAUGUGUCAAGCACAAUGGUGUCCGACAUGGAGACGGACCUGCCGGACGACGAAGGCGAGGAAGACGACGACGAGGAAGAUGAAGGGUACGGAGCCAGGCAUCCCCGUGGAAUCGAGCACACGCCAGGGUCUAGCAUGGACAACCUGGACAGCUCUUUGACAGGCUCCAUGGUGAACGGUUGGGGCUCGGCCUCUGAGGACGAGCGCAAUUUCUCCAGCCACCGCUCCAGCUUGGGUAGCUCGUCUGACGGCUCCAUCUUUACCCACUGCAGCUUUGCCCAGGCCCUAGUGGCCGCUGCGGACAAAGCAGGUUACCAGCUGGACGGCACGAGCCUCAGCAAGCGUGAUAAAGGCUUGUCCCAAAGACACCGGCCUGGCAGUCCUUUCUCAACAGAUGGCAGCACAGUAGGAAGUCAUAGCUUGGGCCACCCGAGGGCCCAAAGGCCAGCACGCAAACCCCGGAACCAAGGCACGGCACCCCACCGCAGAGAUGCCGGCGCAGACGACCUACCUCCCCCUCCUGAGCCUCCACCUGGCCAGGGCCAAGCCCGAGCCCAGACAGGGCGCUGCAUCAACAGCAUGAUCCCCCCUCCGGAGAGAAAGGCGACGUCUCUGGAGCGCCCGCCCAUGUCGGGACCACUGUCCGCUAUGGCGGACGACAGGCAAAUGACACGUGCCACCCUGGAGCAUCACCGGCAGGCUCAAGAGCGACUGGGCUCUGCAGAAAGAGGCGACGAUGUGCGCAGAGGUUAUAAGACUGAGGACGGAUGCCUGCCAUACCAUAAACCGUCCUUCCCGUCACCAGGUGGCCACAGCUCAUCGGGGACGACCUCCUCCAAGGGUUCAACGGGCCCCCGCAAGACAGACGGCCCGCGGCAGCCACAGCAGUGGACGGCCAUGGAGCACGCAGACUUCCUGGGGACCAAUGGACAGGGGCAGUACUCAGGAGAGUUAUGUAAGUUUGACUAA